UCGAAACGUGGAUUUUUGUUUGUUGUUAAGUUUUCGUGGGCUUACAGUCGUGUUUAAGAAUGUGGUUUAUUUUGUAUGCUUUUCUGGCAUUGCCAUUGUUGGUAUUUGCGUACUUUGAAUUGAGUGUUGCUAAAAAGAAACGUGUUCUUAACAAAAUAAAGGGCCCACGCACACUGCCGAUUCUUGGCAAUGCUCACCAAGUGGGCAAAACUCCUGCUGCCAUAUUAAAUACCUUGUUUGACUGGUGGCAUGAAUACGACAAGGAUAACUAUUGCAUGUGGGUAGGCUACAAUGGAAACAUUUGUGUGACUAAUCCCAAACAUUUGGAGGUCAUAUUGAACAGCAUCACGUUAAUCAAAAAAUCUGGUAUUUACGAUUUGUUGAAUCCUUGGCUGGGCGAAGGUCUGCUCACAAGCUCCGGCAGCAAAUGGCAUAAGCACCGCAAGAUGAUAACGCCCGCCUUCCACUUUAAUAUCCUCCAAGAUUUUCACCUAGUCAUGAAUGAGAACUCAACCAAAUUCAUCAAGCGACUCAAAAAAGUUUCGGCUGGUGACAGUAUUAUAGAUUUCCAGGACGAAACACAUUAUUUAACAUUGGACGUCAUCUGCGAUACAGCGAUGGGAGUGACCAUUAAUGCCAUAGAAAAACGGGACACAGUAGAGGUUGUAAAGGCUUUUAAAGACAUGUGCUACAACAUAAACAUGCGGGCAUUCCAUCCCUUCAAGCGUUCAGAGCUGCUUUAUCGCCUAGCUCCCGAAUAUGCCGCCAAUGCGAAGACCCUGAAAAUUUUACAAAACUUCACCAAUGAUAUAAUCGAGAAGCGUAUUGAGGCUCAUCGCACGGGUAUCGCCAAGAAGACGGAAGACAACGAAUUCUCCCGUAAGAAGAUGGCUUUUCUGGAUACCCUUCUUUCGUCUACCAUUGAUGGACGUCCUUUGAAUCAGCAGGAGAUAUACGAAGAGGUCUCCACAUUUAUGUUCGAGGGACACGACACGACGACGUCGGGCGUGGCAUUUGCUGGCUACUUACUAUCCAGGUUUCCGGAGGAACAGCGUAAGCUUUUUGAGGAACAGCGAGCUGUCAUGGGCAAUGACAUGCAUCGGGAUGCCACAUUCCAGGAAAUAGCUGAGAUGAAAUACUUGGACUUGUUCAUUAAGGAGGCGCAGAGAGUCUAUCCCAGUGUUCCCUUCAUUGGUCGAUACACUGAGAAAGAUUAUGUGAUAUAUGGUACCUCAAUACCUAAGGGCACCUCUCUAACUCUAGUACUUAUUAUUCUGGGCUAUGAUGAUCGCAUUUUUAAGGAGCCACAUCGAUUCUAUCCAGGACGAUUCGAGGUGGAUAAACCUGGACCCUUCGAGUAUUUGCCCUUUAGCGCAGGUCCACGCAACUGCAUUGGACAAAAGUUUGCACUGCUGGAGAUUAAGACUGUGGUAUCGAAGCUUGUGCGCAGCUUCGAAAUAUUGCCCGCAGUAGAUGAGCUUGUUUCCAAGGAUGGCCAUCUUAACACGUAUUUGGGCCUGCCCAAGGCGGAGAAAGAAAAGAAGGAGAGCCAAGGUCACAAAUACGAUCCCAUAUUGUCAGCCGUUUUGACCUUAAAAUCAGAGAAUGGUCUGCAUCUCCGCUUGCAUGAAAGAAAAUAAGUGUUUUAUAUCGCAUCAUAGUACUUUUUAUCAAUAUUAAAUGUCGUUGAAUUGACAAGCUGGAAAUUAAAUUGGCCACUUCUGGUGACGAUUUUAACUCUUACAAAAUUUAUUUAUUGGGCUGCAAUUGGCUGUGGCCCAUUGCGAUUUCCAUCGCCGUAAAAUUUAAUAAUGUUUUUGAAGCUGGUAGAGGCGUGUGUCAACGACUAACCCAUGCCAUUCGCAGAUCAUGUCGUAGGACUCUUGCUAGAGUGGGUCGCUUAAGCUGCUUCAUAUCUUCCGGAUCGGGGCAACUAAUAAGAGCAACUAAUUUUAGAGCGUCUUAUUGGGAAAUUGGUUUUAGCGAGCACCUCCGUAAAUAGACUGCUAAGAGUAAUCAGUUUGUUUGGUUAUGCAAAUCAUACACUAUAUAAUGGGAAUAAUA